CCGGCGGGCCGCGCCUGUCAGCGGGGCGGCGGGAUGGCGGCGCUGUACGCCUGCACCAAGUGCCACCAGCGCUUCCCCUUCGAGGCGCUCAGCCAGGGCCAGCAGCUCUGCAAGGAGUGCCGGAUUGCUCAUCCCAUUGUUAAAUGCACUUACUGCAGGACUGAAUUCCAACAGGAAAGCAAAACCAACACGAUAUGCAAGAAGUGUGCUCAGAAUGUGAAGCUCUAUGGCACACCAAAACCCUGCCAGUACUGCAACAUCAUAGCAGCAUUUAUUGGAAACAAGUGCCAGCGUUGCACCAACUCAGAGAAGAAGUAUGGCCCUCCUCACUCGUGUGAGCAGUGCAAGCAGCAGUGUGCAUUUGACCGGAAGGAUGACAGGAAGAAGGUGGAUGGAAAGCUGCUGUGCUGGUUGUGCACGUUGUCCUAUAAACGGGUCCUGCAGAAGACCAAAGAACAGUGCAAACACCUGAGCAGUUCUUCUCGAGCCAGUCUGCAGGAGAAGGAGCAGUUCAGUAGGCUCAGCAGUGGCAGCCACUAUAACAGCCAGAAAACCUUAUCCACGUCUUCCAUUCAGAACGAAAUCCCAAAGAAGAAAGCCAAGUUUGAUGCCAUAUCUGCCAAUGGUGACAGCGUUCCUUCCUCUCCCGAGAUGCUUUGCCCCCUUAUCCAGAGGGCCCGGUCCACGUUGGCGCAGUGGGCUGCUUCCCAACAGACUCUCGGGGCCCACCAUUGUCCUGUUGCUCAAGGCAUUGACAUCCUGAAUUUUUCUCCAGACCUCGCCCUGGACUCCCCUGGCACUGACCACUUUGUCAUCAUUGCCCAGCUGAAGGAGGAAGUGGCUACUUUAAAAAAGAUGCUUCACCAGAAGGAUCAGAUGAUUUUGGAGAAGGAGAAGAAGAUCACAGAGCUGAAAGCCGACCUGCAGUACCAGGAAUCACAGAUGAGGGCAAAGAUGAACCAAAUGGAGAAGACACACAAGGAGGUCAUGGAACAGUUACAGGAAAGAGGAAUCAAGGCUCCCCGGGAACAGGCAACGGGCCCCAGCACCUUCAUUCCCCUGGGAGAGGCAGAGAUAGCGCCGUGGUUUCGUCACCGCGCUGGGGGGGCUGACCCAUCUCCUCCCCUGCGCUCCAGAGCCCAGACAAACAACCCAACCCAUGGGCUGAGCUGGACGGGCUGUGUGGGAUCUGUCAUGGAGACCCCCAAACACCCCCUGCCCCCUGGGGCUGGGGACAGGGAGACGGGCAGCAGGGGCCGCCGGCGGUGUCCGUUCCGGAGGCGGGGCACUUCCAAUGGGAUCCCGCAGGAAGGUGGGGAGAACAGCCUUCACCAACUCCUCGAGGCCUUCGUCUCGGCAGGCAGGGUGGACCACGUCGCCAUGGUCAUGGGGCUGCACCCCCAGUACCUCAGCAGCUUCUGGAAGACCCAGUACCUCCUGCUGCGCAUGGACGGGCCCCUGCCCUACCACAAGCGCCACUACAUUGCCAUCAUGGCAGCAGCCCGGCACCGGUGCUCCUACCUGGUGGGGUUGCACAUGGGGGAGUUCCUGCAGGUAGGGGGCAACCCUGUGUGGCUGCAAGGGCUGCACUGUGCCCCCCAAAAACUCCGGAACCUCAGUGAGAUCAACAAGCUGCUGGCGCACCGGCCCUGGCUCAUCACCAAGGAGCACAUCGAGGCUCUGCUGAAGCCAGGGGAGGACAGCUGGUCGCUGGCGGAGCUGGUGCAGGCGCUGGUGCUCCUCACCCACUACCACUCGCUCGCAUCCUUUGUCUUCGGCUGCGGCAUCAAACCCGAGGAGGACCAGGAUGUGGGGAACAGCUGCUGGCCCCCCUCGCCCCACAGCGACAGCAGUCCUGCCUCUGAUGACAGCAUGGGGGGCUCUGGGGGCACGGACACCAUGCAGGAGGUGGAGGUGCUGAUGGAGAGGAUGAAGCUGCUGCAGGAAAACCAGUGGGAGGAGGAAGGAGUCACACAGGAGGAGAUGGCAACGCGCUUCGAGCUGGAGAAGACAGAGAGUUUGCUGGUCCCUUCCUCAGAUAUUUUGGAUCCCUCCCUGCAGUCCAACAUCCGCUGCUUCCUGGAGGACCCUGAAUUUGGAUACAAGGACUUCACACGGAGGGGGGAGCAGGCCCCCCCCACCUUCCGUGCACAGGAUUACACCUGGGAGGACCAUGGCUACUCGCUGAUCAACCGCCUGUACCCGGAUGUGGGGCAGCUCCUGGAUGAGAAGUUCCAGGUGGUUUACAACCUGACCUACAACACCAUCGCCAUGCACUGCGGCGUGGACACCUCCAUGCUGCGCCGGGCCAUCUGGAACUACGUCCACUGCGUCUUUGGCAUCCGCUAUGACGACUACGACUACGGGGAGGUGAACCAGCUGCUGGAGCGCAACUUGAAGAUCUACAUCAAGACAGUGGCUUGCUACCCGGAGAAGACGACCAAGCAGAUCUACACACAGUUCUGGAGGCACUUCAAACACUCGGAGAAGGUGCACAUCAACCUGCUGCUACUGGAGGCACGGAUGCAGGCGGCUCUGCUCUACGCCCUCAGGGCCGUCACCCGCUACAUGACCUGAGCUGCCUCUGCUCUCUCCUCCUCCUCCUCCUGCCCUGGCUGUGUGGGAAAGGCCAGGGGGCAGCUGGUACCCUGAGAAUUCGUCUGGAGUAUUGUCUCCCUGCUUAAUGGGCUUAGAGCUGUGGAAGGAAAGUGGGAGCUUCCCUGCGCUUUCUUCCAGGAAAGGGGAGCCCCCCAGAAGCUCUCAGUGCUGGGAAGACCCUAAAGUGCUGCCCUGGGCUUGGCAGAGCUGUGCGUGCUCCACUGCUCCGUGCCUUUUUGGGGUUAGCCCAAAUGAAGCCAAACUGGGAUGUCUGUGGGUGUAGUGCUGGUGUUGCAGCCCUCUGACAUGUUCUGGCACCAAGGCUGCCACUGCAGAGGACUGUCCCCCUGCCAGAGAUGGCCAGAGGAUAUAAUGGGCUUCAUCCCUGCUUUUUGGGUCCUGCCGUGCUGGGAGACAGCUGCUGGUGGGGGUGCUGCCCAGGCACACCCUCCCCACCUUUCUGCCUCAUCCCCUGCGAUUUGGGAUGUGAAGUGCCUUUAACCUAAGUGCCAGGGCAGGAGCAGGGAAAGGGUAGAAAUACCCGAGUGUGUUUUACACCUUUUUGCAUUGUUUUCCAACCACUGGCACAUCUCCACUGCCUCAGCUUUAGGGGCUGAGGUGGGGAGCUGUGCUGGGGCAUGAGGCUCCCUCAGCCCCUCUCCUGCUGUGAGGGUGGCAGGGUGGGAUGGGGUGACCAAGGCUUUAUCUGGAUAUGCAAGAGCAUUCCCAGCAGCGCAGGUUGCCUGGGAGGUGUUUGUCGGGGAGCAGGAUCCAGGGCCAGCAGCAUCACCACCCUUGGUUUGGCUGUUGAAUCAUAGCUCCAGUUAAGUUAUUUCUAUAUUUUUUGGGUAUAUUAACUCCUGGCUAGGCAUGGAAAUGCCUCUGUAACUUUGCUAUGAAUCUUGUUUGAAAAAAUAAAAUAGUUCUUUUUUUA